UUGGGGUUCAGCUGCAAAAUAUGUAAGCUCUGUGUGUAUCUAUUAUCACAUUAUUAGUAUUAAUCGAAACAAUCAACGGAUUUACUGUGGCAAUUGAACGUGAAAAGUGAAGAAGUGGUAUACGUACAAAACAAAAUAAUUAGGACAGGAUUGACUCACUUCUGACUUUCUCAUUUACCCUCUAUCUUGUCAUCCCAUGUUAUUCACGCAUUUCUCGAGAGAAGCUUACCUACAAAUUGGAUUGUGGUGAUAGGAAAGCUACUCAAAUUUAAGAAAUACAUACGUAUUAAGACUGACAAAACUUGUAUACAAGCCCUUAUGAAUUUGGCAGGAUUUGUAUUUACAAUGAAUAUGUCGAUCUUCGUAGAAUUACGUAGUAAGCCUCGUGUAAUGAAAUUCAUUGAUGCAAGACACGAAAUAAACAUACAGUUUAACUUAUUUGAGUUUAUUUCAGAAGCAUUUAUUCGUCGCUAAACCAUUGUUAGUGUAGUACAUCGUAGUUAGUGGUAAAUAUUGAAAGAUAUUAUCUGUCAACAUGACAAAGUGAAUAAUCAUCUGACAUCCUGUUUGAUCAUUUGAUAGUUAGUGAAUCCUUAUCGUUCCUAUAAGUUAUUUAUAUUGCCUGUCGUAUGACUUAACACUUGAAACUAAGUCACGCGAAAAGAAAGUGAGGAAAAACAAUCAAGAAGUUGCGAAAUAAAACCAAACAUUCUGUAUUUAAAACGAGGUUACAGCUGGAUUAUUCACACACAAGCACCAAAUACGUAGUUAGCUAUGCGGUACGUUCUCCGUUAUUUUGUUGCUGCAAUCGUGUUUACCAGUGCACGUGGAGCAGUGUUUGAUGGUGAAACGGAACAAGACGUUGUGAAAGUUAUACAGGCCACGUUAGAAUGCCGUCACGUUCCGGGUAUGACGGUUGGCAUCUUUAAAGAAAACGAUACAUGGACAAGAGGGUUUGGGCUGGCUGAUUUAAAGAGCGGCCGGCCUGUUGACGAAGAUACAUUGUUCAACAUUGGUUCUGUAACCAAGUCAUUUACCAUGGCGCUGCUGGCGAUCCUGCUUAAAGAGAACAAAUUACAGUGGACGGCGAAGAUAUCCGAUAUUCUUGGCUCAGAGUAUGGGUUCAUUGACGACUAUAGGACACGAGAGACAACUCUUAGAGACCUUUUGUCACAUAGGACGGGCCUGGCCAACCCCAACAUAGGCCUGAUGUCUGGGUUUCCACCAUCUACAUCGAGGGAAGACCUUUGCAAACGAAUGAGGUAUCUCCCAGAGCAAAUCCCUUUUAGGGACUCCUUCAUCUACAACAAUUACAUGUACAUGUUACUUGGCCACGUGGCAGAAAAGUUAGGUGGAGACACGUGGGAAAAUCUUGUGACGUCACGAAUUUUCGCUCCCCUUGGAAUGAAGUCAACUAAAAUACUGCAAAAGACAUCAGACGUUCUUUCAAAUGAUAUGGCGCAUCCGUACAUAUACAAGGACGACAUGUUUGAGAACUCAACUUUAGAUAUUUAUGAACUCCACCCGUUGGAACCAGCAGGAGCCAUAUUGUCGUCUGCAGAGGACAUGGCGCGCUAUUUACAGUUUGUACUGAACAAUGGGAAUACAACGACUGGGGACCAGCUAACAGACCCAAUGCUCUUCAGUGAAGCUUUCUCAGCUGCCAUUCCUGUGAAGGGAGGGAUGGUCACCGUGUCCAAGCCUACAUUUCCCAUAUCUGACGUGCUAGUUGGAUAUGGAUACGCAUGGUUGGAGAGUAGCUACGAUGGUUACAGAGCCGUGUGGCACAAUGGAGGCCUGUGGUCUUAUUAUACGCUAGUCUGGUUGUUCCCGGAGGAAAAUAUAGGGAUAUUUAUUAGUACAAAUGGAGGCAUGUUCAAGGAUUACCAGUCCAAAUCGUUGACGACAACCAUGUACUAUCUGGCAGACAAAUUAUUGGACAAAAAACCAUGGCUGAACUCAUCAACUGCCUGCUCUUAUCCUCUACCUUGGAAAGAAGUUAAUGAGACAGACACGAAGUUGACGGAAAUUUCUGCUUUCUUGCCGGACAUUUCCGAGUACACCGGAAUCUACGGAAAUGAGUUUCAACCCGAUUUUAUAUUAACUUUAAGUGAAAGUUCACAAACGCAGCUUAACUUCGAAUCGGGAAGACUCGGGGGAAAUCUCUAUUCAACCCAAGACAAAGAACGCUUUUUGAUGGAGAUUACAUACCCAUGGGAACUUUACGUUCCGCUUAUGGACCAUAACAACGUUACGACAAAAACAAGCGUGUACUUUGUUCGCGAAGUUGGAAAAGUUACUUCCAUGAUAUUAGAGAUCGGCACCAAUAUUACAUUUACAAAAGAUGUUUCCGUGUUAGACGUUAUAUCUCGAAAUACUAACAGAAGUUGUAGGUUAUUUAGCGCAGCUUGGUUGGUAUAUCUGUUAGUUUCUUGCGCUUUGUGGCAAAUAUAAAAUGGCGUAUGGUCAAAAUAUAAUCAGUACAUUUGUUGAUGCGCCUUCAACUGUAACGAUACAACAUUGGGUCGUGAUGUGAAGAAUUAUUUUUGUUUGUGUUUAAAGCGAAAUCAUCUCUACAGUAACAUGAACCCUUUCGGCGCUCCAAUUGCCAAAUAAUUUCCUGGAAUUCAAAGAGAAUUUUACCAAGGCAAUUUACUUGACCAUAACUUUUUUGUAGAGAUUUUCCUUUCAAAUUUGCACAGUAAAGUUAUUAAAUAAUAAACAAAAAAACAUUUGAUAAAUCAA